AUGUUUAUAAUCGUCUUCAAUUUAGGAUUUGUCUACUUGUUCCUCAUCUACCUUCAAGGAUUCACCACAAAGCAUAUCGUUAAUCCGAUGAGAACUUAUGUUAAACUCUCUGCUGUUCUCAUGGGAUCACACGGAUUAACCAAAGGAUCUUUGGCUUAUCUCAAUUAUCCAGCUCAAAUCAUGUUCAAAUCCACCAAGGUAUUGCCGGUAAUGAUAAUGGGAGCGUUUAUACCCGGUCUGAGGAGAAAAUAUCCGGUCCACGAAUACAUUUCAGCGUUCUUGCUUGUUCUUGGUUUGAUACUGUUCACGUUAGCAGACGCCCAUAUGUCUCCGAAUUUCAGUAUGAUCGGUAUUAUGAUGAUAACCGGUGCAUUGAUCAUGGAUGCUUUCUUGGGUAAUCUACAAGAAGCGAUCUUCACAAUGAAUCCCGAGACAACUCAGAUGGAGAUGCUUUUCUGCUCAACGGUUGUUGGAUUACCGUUCUUGUUCGUUCCCAUGGUCUUGACCGGAGAGGUUUUCCGUGCAUGGACUGCGUGCGCACAACAUCCGUAUGUGUAUGGAGUCCUUGUAUUCGAAGCCAUGGCCACAUUCAUCGGUCAAGUCUCUGUUUUAUCGCUCAUUGCACUCUUCGGAGCCGCCACAACCGCCUUGAUAACAACGGCGAGGAAAGGGGUUACAUUGUUGCUAUCCUAUUUGAUAUUCACAAAGCCGUUAACGGAACAACACGGGUCAGGAUUGUUGUUGAUAGCAAUGGGGAUUGUAUUGAGGAUGGUUCCGUUGGAUAGUAAACCUCCAACCAAGAUUCCGUCUAGACCAGCGGUUAGGAUCGCCGGAGGUGAGGGUGAUAGAGAAGAGGAAGAAGAGAGAAAGUCAUUGGUUUGA